AUUCAGUCACAUCUUCAGGCUCCACUUCUGGUUCUCUUGCUAUAUUCGCCACAUCUGUAGUUACUUCCACUGAAGUCUUGAACCCCUCAAAGUCAUCCGUGAGGAUUGGAAUCAACUUCCCCCAAACUCUUGUAAAUGUUGAUAUUUUGGCCUCUUCCCAUGAAUCAUGAAUGUUCUUAAUGGCAUUUAGUAUGGUGGCUCCUUUCCAGAAGGUUUUCAAUUUAAUUUGCCCAGCUCCAUCAGAGGAAUCACUGUCUAUGGCAGCUAUAGCCUUACAGAAUGUAUUUCCUGAAUAAUAAGACUUGAAAGUUGAAAUUACUCCUUAAUCCAUGGGCUGCAAAAUGGAUGUUGUGUUAGCAGUCAUGAAAACAACAUUAAUUUUGUACAUCUCCAUCAGAGCUCUUGGGUGACCAGGUGCAUUGUCUGUGAGCAGUAAUAUUUUGAAAAGAAUCUUUUUUUCUGAGCAGUAGGUCUUAGUACUGGGCUUAAAACAUUCAGUAAACCAUGUUGUAAACAGAUGUGCUGUCAUCCAGGCUUUGUUGGUCCAUUUAUAGAGCACAGGCAGAGAAGAUUUAACAUAAUUCUUUAGGGCCCUAGGAUUUGGGGAAUGGUAAGUGAGCAUUGGCUUCAACUUAAAAUCACCAGCUGUAUUAGAUCUUAACAAGAGAGUCAGCCUCUCCUUUGAAGCUUUGAAGCCAGGCAUUGACUUCUCCUCUCUAGCUAUGAAAGUCCUAAAUGGCAUCUUCUUCCAAUAUAAGGUUGUUUUAUCUACAUUGAAAAUUUGUUUAGUGUAGCCACCUUCGUUAAUUAUCUUAGCUAGAUCUUCUGGAUAACUUGCUGCAGCUUCUACAUCAGCACUUAAUGCUUCACCUUGCACGUUUAUGUUAUGGAGAUGGCUUCUUUCCUAAAACUUCAUGAACCAACCUCUAUUAGCUUCAGACUUUUCUUCUGCAGCUUCCUCACUUCUUUCAGCCUUCUUAGAAGAGAGUUAGGGACUUGCUCUGGAUUAGACUUUGGCUUAAGGGAAUGUUGUGGCUGGUUUGGUCUUCUAUCCAGACCAUUAGAACUUUCUGCACAUCAUCAGCAAUGUGGCUAUUUUGCUUUCUUAUCAUUCAUGUGUUCACUGGAGUGGCACUUUUAAUUUCCUUCAAGAACUUUUCCUUUGUGUUUACAGCUUGGCUGUUUGGUGCAAGAGGCUUACCUUUUGGCCUGUUUCAGCUUUCAAUAUGCCUUCUCCACUAAACUUAGUUGUUUCUAGCUUUUGAUUUAAAUGUAGAGAUGUGUGGCUUUUCCUUUCACUUGAACACUUGACCUAAUUUCAAUAUUGCUAUGUGUCAGAGAAUAGGGAGGCCAAGAAAGAGAGAGAGAGAGAUGGGGGAAUAGCCAGUCAGUGGAGCAAUCAGAGCACAACUCACUUACUGAUUUAAGUUAGCUGUCUAUAUGGGGUGCAGUUCGUGGUACCUCAAAAUAAUUACAGUAAUAACAUCAUAGAUCACUGAUCACAGAUCACCAAAAUGAAUAUAAUAAUAAUGAAAAAGUCUGAGAUACUGCAAGAAUCAUCAAAAUGUGACACAGAGACACAAAGUGAGCAAAUGCUCUUGGAAAAACGGUGCCAGCAUAUUUGCUCAACACAGGUUGCCAGAAACCUUCAAUUUGUAAAUAAUGCAAUAUAUGUGAAGUGCAAUAAAGUGAAGUGCAAUAAAAGGAAGUAUGCCUGUAUAGCUGGAUCCUAUUUUUUUAAUCCUUGCUGCAAACCUCUACCCUUUAAUUGGAGUUUAAUCCAUUUACAUUUACUGUAAUUAGUGAUAAAGGAGGACCUCUGUCACUAGCUGUUUGUUUUCCAUGUGCCUUAUAUCUUUUCCCCUCAAGUCUUCCAUUACUGCCUUCUUUGUGUUAGAUAGGUAUUUCCUAAUGUACAAUUUUGAUUCCUUCCUGUUUCCUUUACUAUACAGUUGGCCCUUGGAUGAUGUGGGGGUUUGCGGCACUGACCCUCCACACAGCGGAAAACUGUUUAUAAUUUAUAGUCAGUCCUCCAUAUAUGCAAUUCUUCUGUAUAUGUGAUUUCUUCUUAUCUGUGGUUCUGCAUCUUAUCUGUUUAUUUUGUUUGUUUUGGCCAUGCUGCACAGCUUGUGGGAUCUCAGUCCCUGACCAGGGAUUGAACCUGGGGGCCACAGCAGUGAAAGCUCCGAAUCCUAACCACUAUAACCUGGCUUUUCGAUGUGUCUGCUCUUUGCCCCAACUUUAGUCUCUUGCCCCAAGUGUCAGCAGCUAAUACAUUUCCCUUUAUAUAUGGUUGUUUUUUCUUUUUCCUUUUUUUUUUGGCCAUGCCAUGUGGCAUGUAGGAUCUUAGUCCAACCAGGGAUCAAACCCAUGCCCCUGCAUUGGGAGCAUGGAGUCUUAACCACUGGGCCACCAGGGAAGUCCCUAAAUAUGUUUGAUAUCUCCAUUAGUUUUCUGACCAAGGAAUUAUUAAAGAAGAAAAACAUUAAUAACAGAGAAUUAUACCACCCAGUGGUCUUGGGAAGACAUGGAAGCCAUGGUAUUGAGGAUUUUGACUUCAGCAAAGUCAGGGGAACUGUGUAUGAAUUUGAGAAUAAGUGUGGAUGUGAAGAAAGAAAUUCCAAAGGAGAGCUUAUGACAGAUAACACAAAUCACACUGGUAGAAAAGAUAAACAAUACAGCAAAUCCUGGAUUAACUUACCUUUAAAACAAAGUGUUUCUUUAAGAAAAAGUGCAUGUCAAUAUUUAAAAAAUAGGAAGUCCUUUAUAAAGAAUUUGUUAAAAAUAAAAAAUAACAUAGUUUAUGCAGGAAACAAGUAUACAGAACAUUUUGAAAAUAGAACUGGAUUAAGCUUUCAGUCACAUCUGGCUGAAUUGCAGAGAUUUCAAACUGAAGAGAAAAUUUAUGAAUGUAAUCAAGUUGAGAAGUCUGUCAAAACUUGUUCCUCAACUUCAUCACUUCAAAGAUUUCCUCCUAGUGUCAAAACCAACAUUUGUAACACAUAUGGAAAGGUUUCUUCCUUCAUUCCUAUGUAUCCUUCAUUGCUUACACAGCAACAGAAAACACACAUUAGAGAAAAAUUAUACAAAUGUAGUGAAUGUGGAAAGACUUUUAUCCAUCAUUCAGUCCUUACUAGUCAUCAGAGAAUUCAUUCUGAGCAGAGACCUUACAAAUGUAAUGAGUGUAGUAAAGCCUUUAAACAGUUCUCAAACCUCACAAGACAUCAGAGAAUCCACACUGGAGAGAAACCAUAUAAAUGUAAUAUAUGUGACAAGGUCUUUAAUCAGAAUUCCCACCUUACAAAUCAUUGGCGAAUUCAUACUGGAGAGAAACCACACAAGUGUAAUGAAUGUGGUAAGGCUUUUAUCAAAUGUUCAGACCUUUGGCGUCAUGAGAGAAUUCAUACUGGAGAGAAACCUUACAAAUGUAGUGAAUGUGGUAAGGGUUUUACCAAACGUUCAUAUCUUUGGGAUCAUCAGAGAAUUCAUACUGGAGAGAAACCAUACAAAUGUAUUGAAUGUGGCAAGGUUUUUAGGCAGUGGUCUACCCUCAGAAUUCACCGAAGAAUUCAUACUGGUGAGAAACCUUAUAAAUGUAAUGAAUGUGGCAAAGCUUUUAAGCAGUGCUCACACCUGACUAAACAUCAGAAUGUACAUCCUGGAGAAAAGCCACACAAAUGUACUGUGUGUGGCAAAGCUUUUAUCCACAUUUCAAGUCUGGUAAAACAUCAGAAAAUUCAUACUGGAGAAAAACCAUACAAAUGUAAUGAAUGUGGUAAGGCUUUCAUCCAAAGUUCAAGUCUUAUAGAACAUCAGAGAAUCCAUACCGGUGAGAAACCUUAUAAAUGUAAUGAAUGUGGCAAGGCCUUCACUGUGUGUUCAAGCCUAACUAAACAUAAAAGAAACCAUACUGGAGAAAAACCUUACAAAUGUAAUGAGUGUGAUAAAGCCUAUACACAAUUCGUACACCUUACUAGACAUCAGAAAAUACAUACCAAAAAGAAAAAUCAUGAAUCUAAUGUACCUGAUAAUGCUUUUAUUCAGAGCUCAAGCUUGGAGGAUUAUCAGAGAAUUCAUGGUAGAGAGAAACCUUACAAAUGUAAUGAAUGUGGCAAAUCCUUUAACUGGUGUUCACGCCUCACCCGACAUCAGAGGAUCCAUACUGGAGAGAAACCAUAUAAAUGUAAUGUAUGUAGCAAGGCCUUCAGUCAAAACUCAAACCUAACAAUUCAUCAGAGAAUUCAUACUGGAGAGAAACCUUACAAAUGUAAUGAAUGUGGCAAAGCCUUUAAGCAGUACUCAAGCCUCACCAGACAUCAGAAUAUACAUCCUGGAGAGAAGCCACACAAAUGUCAUAUGUGUGGUAAGGCUUUUAUCAAACGUUCACACCUUUGGGGUCAUGAGAGAAUGCAUAGUGGAGAGAAGUCAUACAAAUGUACUGAAUGUGGCAAGGCCUUUAGACAAUGGUCUGACCUUAGGAUUCACCAAAGAAUUCAUACUGGAGAGAAACCCUUAAAAAUGUAAUGAAUGGUGUAAAUCAUUUAACCAUUUUAAACAAUGGACUAUAAUCAGAUAACUUAUACUAGGGAGACUAGUCCUAGAUUAAUCAAUUUCAGAUGUUAAGUUCUUCACAGUUAUUAAAAGUCAAGAUCAUUUCAAAUUUAUGAAAUGAUGGGUAUUGGUAGAGCAAGGAGAUCUUUGGAAAUGUACCAUUUCCUCUUUUUAAAAAUACUUUUAUUUUAUGAAGUUUCUUGAAAAGGCUGUAUUACUAUUGAUGCUUUUCAACCUGAAGUUUAAAACUUAUUGAUGUUAUGCCUUCGUCACAUGCUUUUAUGUGUUACCAUGAUGGGCUCUGCUAAGGGAUCAUUAAGAUAAAAGGGCCUACUUGUAUUAGGUGGGGAUCAUUCAUAUUCAUGUUUUCUGAAGGAACAGGACACUGAAUUUUAACAAACAACAUUGUUUUUGAAUGAGAGCUUGGGAAAUAUAUGUAAAACAAUGAUGUAAAUCAUAAUAAUUUCAGAUCCUCUUCUACAGAUUUGUUGGUACAACAGAGGACCCACUGGAUUAUCAGAAACCAAUGCUCUGCCAGUUGAGGGUGAAACAGAGCAGUCCUUAAGAUUAAGAGACUGAGAUUUUCCUGAGAAUAGGAUGAUAGGUUAGUAGGGACUGCUUAUGUGGUAGAAAUAAUGGAGAAGAAAUGAUGGUCCUCCUCUCUUUUCAAAGAAAAUAGCUGAUGUCAAAGAUGAGAGAAAAGGGCCUCCCUGGUGGCGCAAGUGGUUAAGAGUCCGCCUGCCGAUGCAGGGGAUAUGGGUUCGUGCCCCGGUCUGGGAGGAUCCCAUAUGCCGCGGAGUGGCUGGGCCCGUGAGCCAUGGCCGCUGGGCCUGCGCAUCCGGAGCCUGUGCUCCGCAACGG